UUUCAAAUCGUCAGGACCAAUCACAGGCGGCUGUAACGACCGGAGCAGCAUUUAAAUUUACAGCUAGCUAGUUGACGCUGAUGUUCAAAAACGAAGAGCGAAGUACACAGCGGCGGUGGGGAAAAACCUCAUUUAUUACCUUUUGUUUUGUUUUUGCAACACUGUUCAAGUAUAUUUAGUUAAAUCGAUUGAUUAUUGGGUAUCGUACGCUACAUUUGAGCUAAUUUUGGGCACCUGAAUUGGUUAGUUUUGAUUUGAAUUCAAGUGGUUUUGCUCGGAAGGGUGGGUGGUUGGCUAGCUAGCCUGUCUCAAAGUGAGAUAUAUAUAUAUAUAUAUUCGAUUUAUUUUAUUUUUAAAUUAUAUAUAUUUUUUCUUCUUAGAUUUUUGUCAACUUGUAUCUUUUUUUUUCAGUUUUUUUGUUUGUUUUCGCAAACCUUUAGAGCACUUUUUAUUAUUUUUUAAAAAUAAUAAUAUAUAUUAUAUAUAAAAUAUGAGUGCGCCGGUAGCCAAGGCGGUGAAUCCGUCGACAAACGUAGACCCCAAAUCGGCACCUCUCAAAGACAUCCCAGAUAUUCUCGUAGAUCCCCGGACACUGAAGAAAUACAGCCGGGGACGAUUCCUCGGCAAAGGAGGCUUUGCCAAAUGCUACGAAAUCACAGAUAUGGAAACCAAAGAGGUUUUCGCCGGUAAAGUCGUCCCCAAAUCCAUGAUAGUCAAACCUCACCAGAGGGAGAAGAUGAGCUCUGAAAUCUCCAUUCAUAAGAGUCUCGACAAUCCGCACAUUGUGGGAUUUCACGGCUUUUUCGAGGACGACGACUUCGUGUUUGUUGUGUUGGAAAUUUGCAGGCGACGGUCUCUGUUGGAGCUGCAUAAGCGUCGUAAGGCUGUAACGGAGCCGGAGGCUCGGUAUUAUAUGAUGCAGCUGGUCAAAGGCUGUCAGUACCUCCACAACAACAGAGUGAUACACAGAGACCUGAAACUAGGAAACAUCUUCCUCAGCGACGACAUGGAUGUCAAGAUAGGUGACUUUGGCCUUGCCACUAAAAUAGAGUUCGACGGGGAACGUAAGAAGACGCUGUGUGGAACACCGAACUACAUCGCCCCGGAGGUUCUCUGCAAGAAAGGACACAGCUUCGAGGUCGACGUCUGGUCUCUGGGCUGUAUCCUCUACACCAUCCCCUGGCAAAUCAACCCGGUGGCGGCGUCUCUGAUCAAGCGGAUGCUCCACGCCGACCCGUCCCAGCGGCCCACCGUCUCCCAGCUGCUGACCGACGAGUUCUUCACCGAGGGCUACAUCCCCCUGCGUCUCCCCACCACCUGCCUCACCGUGCCGCCGCGCUUCUCCAUCGCUCCCUCCUCUCUGGAGCCCGGCCAGAGACGCCCGCUCACCGCUCUCAACAACAAGGGAACAGAGAAGGUGGAACAGAAAGAUGAGCCACUGCUCAGAGAGAUUCCCGAGGCCACAGACUGUCACCUGAGUGACCUUCUGCAGCAACUCGACACCUGCAACGCUGCCAAGCCCUCGGAGAGAGGACUCAUACGCAUGGAGGAGGCAGAGGACCCAGCCUGUGUCCCCAUCUUCUGGAUCAGCAAGUGGGUCGACUACAGCGACAAAUACGGACUGGGCUAUCAGCUGUGUGACAACAGCGUAGGGGUGUUGUUUAACGACUGUACCAGGAUGAUCAUGUACGCCGACGGAGACAGUCUUCAGUACAUCGACAAGAUGGCCGCCGAGAGCUACCUCAGCGUCCGCUCUUACCCCGCUACGCUAUCCAAGAAGAUCACGUUGUUGUAG